AUGUAUUUGAUUUAUCGAGCAUUACUGAACAGUGAAACUUAUCAAGUUAAGCGGGUGUGGGUGUCUGAACUUUUUAAAGAAGUGAAUAGAGUGGCUCAAGGCGCAAGUGACAAUCUUGUCUUGACUCUUAGGCUCCAUGACAGACAAGGAUUCAUAAACUUUUUUAGAAUGUCACCUGAGGCUUUUGAUGAAUUAUUGUCAUUAGUUGGACCAAAAAUUACAAAAAAAUUUUGUGUUAGGGCUCCAAUAUCUGCUACAAUUCGCUUUCAACUUACUUUAAGAUAUCUUGCAACUGGUGAUUACAUAAAUUAUUUGUCUCUGUUAUUCAGAGUAAGUCCAACAUCAGUGUCCAAAAUGAUUGGAGAAAAAUUUCCAAAGGAUUUGAAUCUGAAUGGAAUUUUCCACAUUGUUUUAGGAUGUGUAGACAGCAAAUUAGUUACAAUGAAGGCUCAACCACACAGCAGUUCCUAUUUUUAUGACUACAAGGGACAUCACAGUAUCCAUCUGCAAGCUUAUGUCGAUGCUUACAAAAAGUUUAUUGCUGUAGAAGUUGGAGCUUCAGGCCGGCAAAGUGAUGGUGGUGUGUUCUGUAACAGCACAACGGGAAAAAUGAUCAUUAACAAAAAAUUCAACAUCCCACAACCAGAGCCAGUGGUGCAAGAUGGUUCAAAGCUGCCGUAUGUGUUCUUGGGAGAUGAAGCAUUUGGUUUGAGCGAUUACAUGUUGACUCCCUAUCCAAGAAGUUUGAAGUUGGAUUUGAGAAAAAAAGUUUUUAACUACAGGCAAUCCAGAGCAAGGCGAAUAGUUGAGUGUGCUUUUGGUGAAUUGAUAAGCACUUGGCGGCUCUUCAGAAAACGUGUAGAAAUAAUAUUGCCUGCCACUAUUGAAGCAAUGAAAGCCUGCGUCUGUUUACAAAAUUUUUUGAUUAUGUAUAAUGAAGAAGAAAAGGAUAUCGACGAAUCCGUUAUCAUUGAUAAAAAUACACAACUGCAGAGUGUUGGAAAUAUUAGUGCAAGAGCUAAGCGUAAUGCUGCAGUAAAAGUAAGGGAUGACUUUGCAGAGUACUUUAUGAACGAAGGAGCAGUCCCCUUUCAAUGGGAAAAAGCUAAUAACUGUGACUUUUGA